AUGCUUCCCUCAUAUGUAUCGUCGGCCCAACAGGAGAAGAAGAUGAACCGGCAUGCGUACGCGGCCAAUGGCUACCAGAAGGGAGGGAGUGGUGCAUAUCCCAUGGGCAGCGAAAGGAGUGGGAGCUUCAGCAUACGGCCGGACAAGUACGAGAAAUACCAACCGCGAUCACAACGAACGAUGCUGUUACGGCGGCGGAACAUGCUAUUGCGCCUGUUUGGCAUCAUCUUCCUCGUCCUCCUCUCCCUGAUGUACUUCUUCGAUGCGUUACGACCCUGCGGCCUCCUUGCGCUGGUAGGCUUAGGCAGUCUCGCCGGCUGCUCUACCGGCGACGAGUUCAACAUCGAGACAGUGCGAUACUACGAUCUCGCGAACGUUGGAGGCACAUCCCGGGGAUGGGAACGAGAAGAGCGCAUUCUUCUUUGCGCACCAUUAAGAGAUGCCGCGCCCCAUCUACCGAUGUUCUUUUCACACCUUCGAAAUUUGACGUACCCACACAACCUCAUCGAUCUGGCGUUCCUGGUGGGCGACAGCAAGGAUGACACUUUGACACUCCUAUCGGACCUCCUAGCUGGGCUGCAGGCAAGCGCGACGGAGAACCCAAAGAUGCCAUUUGGUGAGAUCAGUGUUAUUGAGAAGGAUUUCGGACAGAAGGUCAAUCAAGAUGUGGAGAGUCGGCACGGUUUCGCAGCACAAGCUUCAAGAAGAAAGAGCAUGGCCCAAGCAAGAAAUUGGCUGCUGAGUGCGGCGUUGAGACCUACGCACAGCUGGGUGUAUUGGAGAGAUGUGGAUGUGGAGACAGCGCCAUUCACGAUCCUGGAAGAUUUGAUGAGGCAUAACAAGGAUGUGAUAGUACCGAAUGUCUGGAGACCUUUGCCUGACUGGCUCGGUGGAGAACAACCAUAUGAUCUAAACAGCUGGCAAGAGUCCGAGACUGCUCUUGCUCUAGCCGAUACUUUGGACGAGGAUGCGGUCAUCGUGGAAGGAUAUGCAGAGUACGCGACAUGGCGGCCGCAUUUGGCAUACCUCCGAGACCCAUACGGUGAUCCAGACAUGGAGAUGGAGAUCGAUGGAGUGGGUGGUGUCAGUAUCCUGGCAAAGGCCAAGGUCUUCCGCAGUGGUGUGCACUUCCCAGCUUUCAGCUUCGAGAAGCACGCGGAGACGGAAGGAUUCGGCAAGAUGGCGAAACGAAUGAAGUUCUCAGUUGUCGGGCUUCCCCACUAUACGAUUUGGCAUUUGUACGAGCCCAGUGUGGACGACAUCCGACACAUGGAAGAGAUGGAGCAGGAGCGGAAACAGCGUGAGCAAGAGGAGAAGGAGAAGCAAGAUCGCAUGAAGAAGAUUGAAGAGAAUUUCGAAGAGGGCGCAUCGCAAUGGGAGAAGGACAAGGAGGCGAUAAGAGACACCUCCAAGAAAGAAGCAGGGAACAAGCAGGAGGAGAAGGAGAAGGCGGCCGACGUGUAA